AUGGAGAAUCGACUAGCACUUGGCGACGCUCGAAUCGGAGGCGUGGCGAGUGACACUGCAAAUGAGGACGAGAAAGUAUACUACGGCUUCGGUGUGUUCGUGGGCAUGCCACUCGCUGCUCUGAAGGCCAUGAAGGACGAUUUCGUCGAGCAGCAGGCGCUCUCUGGCGGCCUCCCGCGGGGCGCUCUGCUGUCGUCUGCUGCUAUGGACGGCCGGCCGCUCCACGUGGAGGCCGGAGAAAAUGGCUGCAAUGUACAGGGAAACGUGCACAUGGCUCCACUGUUCGUGCAACGGCAGCACCAGCACCAAGAGCCACGUGUUGAUAGCUACGAGCACACAGGAAGCCAGCAACGGGAGUAUGCAGACGAGCCGAGUGCUGGAUUUGGUCAAGGCCUGCUCAAUGAAGAGCAAGGCAGUGCUGAUAAUAAUAAUGACAAUAGUGACGGCUCGGACGAGCUCGGGAACAAGCCGCACUCGCUGAACUUCAUUUUGCACUGA